GACCCUACCCCCACUAUCUGCUUCUGUGAUAUGAUUUGUCGAGGGCGGGCAUUCCUUCCUUUCCUUCGUCACCGUGAGAGAUAGCCGGCAAGAUGAAUGACACAGUGACUAUCAGAACAAGAAAGUUUAUGACAAACAGACUUCUGCAGCGCAAGCAGAUGGUCAUUGAUGUACUUCAUCCAGGCAAAGCUACUGUCCCCAAGACUGAAAUCAGAGAAAAGCUGGCAAAGAUGUACAAGACAACCCCAGAUGUUAUUUUUGUGUUUGGUUUUAGGACUCACUUUGGAGGUGGCAAAACUACAGGCUUUGGCAUGAUCUACGACUCUCUUGACUAUGCAAAAAAGAAUGAGCCUAAACACAGACUUGCCAGGCAUGGGCUUUAUGAGAAGAAAAAGACUUCCAGAAAGCAGCGUAAAGAACGCAAGAAUAGAAUGAAGAAAGUAAGGGGUACAGCCAAAGCAAAUGUGGGUGCUGGUAAAAAGAAGGUAACAAGACCUGCUAUCUUUGAUAUUGUUGUAUUUGAGGAUUUGCAACUAAUUUUGUAUGGAAACAUUCCAAAAACCUACAUGAAAUGGCUUUUUCUCUAAAUGCUCCUUGACAACUGAGAU